AUGAAUUGUUCGUCAUUAAUAAUCAUCUUAAUUGUCAUUAAUUCUACAAUUAAUAGAAUUUCAUCUAAUUCAAUACAUUUUCAUACUAAAACUCGUUCAACACAACUUAUCAAUCGAAUGGUAUUUGGUUCGACAACUGAAUGUAGUAUACGUUUAGGUGGUAAACAAUUUACUUUAAAAUUUUAUAAAAUGAUAACAUGUCGUUAUGUUGAAAAUCUUUCAAAUAUUUAUCCAUAUUUAUUAAAAUAUUCUCAUGAUAUAACAGCACUUGAAAUAACAGAUUCAAUUAUUAAAAAUUGGAAUAUAAAUGAAUAUUCCAAAGUAUUUCGUAAAUUUGAAUUUUUAAUAUUUCAUCGAACAACAAUUUUAAAUAAAACAUUAUGUCCAUUUAAUUCGUUAUCAUCAAAUUUAUUUUAUUUACAUUUAACAAAUUUUUCACCAAAUUUAGAAAAUUUUUUUUCUAAUCAAUCAUGUUCAAUUAUGAAACGUUUACAUGUUCUUAUACUUGAUCAUACUGACUUAGGUAAUGAAAAUAUUUUAUUAGAUAAAUUUCCUAAUUUACAUAUUUUACGCUUAAAUUUUUCUUCAUUUCAUCAUCCAUUAAAUUAUUCUUAUAUACGUUUAUUUCCAUAUUUACAAGAUUUUUUCUUAAAAGUUAAUGAUGAUUGUCAUCGAUGUGAAUAUGAAUGGUUAAAAUAUGCAACCCGAGAUCAUAAUUAUGUACUCUUUCGUAUAAGUCCUAAUUCUGGUUGUAUGGAUUGGAAUAGAGGUGGAAAAUUUCUUCAAUGGCAAUAUACACCAUUAUGUGGUACAUGUUCAUUACCAUUAAUUAUUAAUAAAAUAAAAACGAAUGAAAUUUGUAGAAUGGAAGAUGGAAUAACCGAACAUUAUUGUAAAGCUUUUUAUGGCCAACAAAGUUUAUUUCAACCUUGGACAAAUAUAUUUGAAAAGACAACUUCGAAAAUCAUGGAAUUACCUUCAACAAUGAGACCAAGUCGAGAAUUUAUGAAAUCAAAAUAUACUACAUUGAUUAUUAAACAAUAUAAAAGGGAUAUAAAUAGUACGUUUCCAACGACUACUCAAUUAUUGUUAGUAAAUAAUGAGUCAAAUAUAAUUUCUCCACCACCAAUAACUAAUUCAACAACAUCUCAAACAUCAACAAUAUCAUUUUGGCAAUCUCGUCUUGUUGUAACACGUAAACCAAUCGAUCUAUUCAAUCGAUCCUAUUGUAAUCCAAUUGACGAUAGUUUAUAUCGACCAAAAGUUCGUUUAAAUCUUCCAUCAUUAAUCGAUCAAUUAUUUAAUAUAUCUCAACAAUAUACACCGAAUUGUUCAAAUAUUCAAUGUGAUAUUAUUCAUUCUGAUUAUCAUGGUCCACUCUGUUUAAAAAAUGGUCUCACAUAUGAAAAUAUAUGUGAAAUAUUAUUUGCAUUAUGUACAAAACAACUUGAUCCUUAUAGUUUACAAAUUGAUUAUUUUGGUUCAUGUGUAACAAAUUGUUCAUUAGUAUCACGUUGUUAUUCGAAUAAUGAAAUAUGUGUAAUGACUCCUAAACCACAUUGUAUAUCACGUCAAAGAAAUUGUACUGGUUUUUCACCUGUAUGUGAUACAUAUGGUAAAACAUUUGUUAAUAAAUGUCAUUUAUCAAAUUCUUUAGUAUUUAAUCAACCAAGACAAAUAGCAUAUCGUGGACCUUGUCGAUUAAAUCGACAAUGUACGAAAAAUCUAUGUCAAUCAAAUGAAAUAUGUAUACAAACACAAGAUAAAUAUCAUUAUCCUAUUUGUAUUAAUUGUCAUUUAAAUGAAACAAUGAAAUUAUGUCCAUUUGAAUUAUUUUGUGGUGAUAAUAAAAGACAAUAUAUUAAUCGUUGUCAAUUAUAUUAUGAACGUUGUCAAACAAAAACAUUUAUUCAAAUUGAUUAUUUUGGUCUUUGUCGUCAUCAAAAUCAUGAUGAUGAAUAUGAGACAGAUAAUUAA